GUGACGAGAGCGGAAGCGGUGACGGCCUCUCUGGAAGAGGGGAGCUGUCCCUCUGUUCGACGGCCCAGUGCCUUCAGGUAUCACGGCGCUUCACAAUGGCGCCAUUAUGAGCGGAUUAAACACACACAGAGGGUGUGUGAGUAGGUGGCAGCUGGCUCCCAUCCCUGCACUGUGCCCCAUUGUGGGGCAGGGAGUUUCAAAUUCAGCGGCACACACACACACACACACACACACACACGCGCGGCCCCGCCUCCGCCUCCUCCGCACAGCAGGAAUGUGAAAUGCACCUGAACUCGUUCCUGCCUGAGGAGGAAUGCAGACUGUCGCCAAAAACCAAAAGCACCUGUUCCGGGACGAGAGGCCCCCUGGCGGCACCGACGAGAACCAUUAGUAUCCAUCCAUUUGCCACUUCAGACAGAGAAGGCAACAAAAAAAAAAGAAAAGCAGCCGGUGAAGUUGGUCAACCAUGGAGGAGUGCUGCCGCGUGUCGGGCGAGGACCGGGAGAGACGCCGGAUCCACCGGGAGAUCGAGAGGCAGCUGCGUCGCGACAAGAGAGAUUCUCACCGGGAGUUUAAGUUGCUUCUGUUGGGUACCGGUGAGAGUGGUAAGAGCACUUUCAUCAAACAGAUGAGGAUCAUCCACGGCCGCGGAUACACUGAAGACGACAGGAGGGGAUUCACCCGGCUGGUGUUUCAGAACAUCGUCACAGCCAUCCAGGCUCUGAUCCACGCCAUGAAGACUCUACAGAUCGACUACGUCGAUGAGAAGAACAUUAGUCAGGCAGACAAGUUGAACAAAGUGGAGGCGAGCAAGGUGUCCACUCUGGAGCCCUGGCAGGCGGACGCCAUUAGGAGUGUAUGGAAUGACCACGGUGUUCAAAGGUGCUACGACAGCAGGAGGGAAUUCCAGUUAUCCGACUCUGCCAAAUAUUACCUGAGCGACCUGGACAGAAUCACGUCCUUGUUUUACAUCCCGACACUGCAGGACAUCUUGAGGGUCAGGGUCCCCACCACAGGCAUCAUAGAGUACCCCUUUGACCUCUCCAAAGCAAUCUUCAGGAUGGUGGAUGUGGGUGGUCAGCGUUCAGAGAGGAAGAAAUGGAUCCACUGUUUUGAAAAUGUCACCUCCAUAAUUUUCCUUGCGGCCCUCAGCGAGUACGAUCAAGUCCUUUAUGAGAGUGCGAAUGAUAAUCGACUGAGAGAGAGCCUCGCCUUGUUCAAGACCAUCCUCUCAUACUGUUGGUUCCAAGAGUCCUCCACCAUCCUCUUCCUGAACAAAACAGACCUGCUCGAAGAGAAAAUCUCACAAUCUGAUUUGGCAACAUACUUCCCAGCCUACAAUGGGCCUCGGUGCGAUGCUGAACCUGCGAAGAAGUUCAUCUUGCAAAUGUACGAGGAGCAGCACAGUGGACAUGAGAAGCCCCUUUACACACACUACACUUGUGCCACGGACACGGAGAACAUCCGGAUCGUCUUCAAAGCCGUCAAGGAUACACUCUUCAGAGAUAACCUCAAAAAGUUUAACCUGGAGUAAAGAGGUUUGCAGGACAAAGUGACGGUUUCACCUGUAGGAACAAGAAAGUCACAUGUUGUAACACCUUUACGGACAUUUUAUCUGUAAUGCGCUGUUGGCCCUCAGACAGCACUGUCAGGUAAGAUAUGUUUAUCUCAGUACUGUGAAACACAGACAGUAUGUUACUGUGCCAUUUUUUUUUUUAACAACACUGAAGUAAAUUAAACAACAACAAUUUUAAUUGCUACAGGAGAGAAAUAAACCAUCUGUGAUGUCAGUCAAUGUUUUAUGCGGAAAUGUUACAGGUUCUUUCUUUUUCUGACAUUACUGUUUCAGAAUCAGCCAAUGAGAUCAAACUGGUUUGAAGGAAUCUUACCUAGCAAGAAUUUAAGUGCCUCACAGCACUGGCAGGAAGAAGCCUACUGGGCGGUGCAGUGUCCUAGUUUGUAUUUAUACUAAUGAUUUUAUGUGUGCAAAAACCACAACCGUGUAGCCUGUGGAAUUAUUAUUUUUCCACUAACUUUCACUAAUUAUAGAUAUUAAACCAAAUGUAUGGGUUUCUAAA